AAAAAAGGACUGAGUGCAGAAGAAAAGAGAACUCGUAUGAUGGAAAUAUUUUUUGAGACAAAAGAUGUAUUUCAAUUAAAAGACUUGGAGAAGAUCGCUCCCAAAGAGAAAGGCAUUACUGCUAUGUCCGUAAAAGAAGUCCUUCAGAGUUUAGUUGAUGAUGGGAUGGUUGACUGUGAGAGGAUCGGAACUUCCAAUUAUUAUUGGGCUUUUCCAAGUAAAGCCCUUCAUGCAAGGAAGCGUAAAUUGGAGGUUCUAGAAUCUCAGUUGUCUGAGGGAAGCCAAAAGCAUGCACACCUACAGAAGAGCAUUGAGAAAGCUAAAAUUGGCCGACAAGAUACGGAAGAGCGAACCAUGCUAAUAAAAGAGCUUUCUUCACUCCGGGACCAAAGGGAACAGUGCAAAGCAGAAGUAGAAAAGUACAAAGAAUGUGACCCACAAGUUGUGGAAGAAAUACGUCAAGCAAAUAAAGUAGCCAAAGAAGCUGCUAACAGAUGGACUGAUAAUAUAUUUGCAAUAAAAUCUUGGGCCAAAAGAAAAUUUGGGUUUGAAGAAAGUAAAAUUGACAAAACGUUUGGAAUUCCAGAAGACUUUGACUACAUAGACUAAAAUAUUUGAUGGUGAUGAAGAAACUAUGAGCUAAUGAUGGUGAGUGUGACGGUGUUUAAGUAGUCUGCUUCUUGCCUGCACGUGUGUCCCAAGCUGUGUGAAUUUUGCAGAUCCA